AUGGCGCGAACAACUACCAAGAGAAAUGUCUCUGCAGCAACACGACCACAAAGAAAGAAUCCAUUGAGAUUUAAACCAGGUAACUCUGGACCGAAAUAUAACAGGCCCAACGCAGCAGGUCCUAAAAAAACGGAUCAUAUGAUAGCUGCAACUUCUACUAACGCGAAUCAAACAUCUAACUCUGAUAAAUCUUCUAAAUUUCUCCCAAUGUCUGGUCAUGAAAUGAACGCAGCUAAGUACAUUAUGGAACUAACGAGAUUAGGUUACUCGUUUGACAAAGUACAAAAAGGCUCCAAAUCAAAUUACAACUUUCUAUCAAAAAUGUAUAAUGCCCUUAGACUACCCGUUAAUAUUGACUCUGGUGACAUAUCGUCAAAUGAAGAGAAUGAUGUGAAAAUAGCAGUUAAAGAGAAUUUACUUACAAAGCCAACUGCUUUCCAAAAUUCUAUUGAAAAGCAAGAGACACCAAAGCUAUCACAAAAUGAAACCGAAGCCACAGAAUUUAAUCAAAGUACCUCUGCACCAAAUGUUUCUAAUACUAAAAAUAGGUCGUUCGCACUGCCAGAGGAACGGGAACUAACGGCAAUCGAUUCAAUUGCAUCAGAAAUGAAUGAAGAAAAGCUUGGAAUGGCAUUAUAUGAGCAGACAUCCCGUAUACUCAUGAAGACGAGGCUAAAUUUACUGAAGCUAAAGGCUGCAGCAAACAAAAGAGUACCGAAGUUUAGCAAAGAACUGGAAGCGUCUCUCAAAAAGAAGAAAGAUUUACUGAUUUCAGAUAUUGAAAGUUUCUAUUCCACAAUUGGGUUACGAGAUGAGUUCGCUCCAGGAAUGAACGAUGAUUUCAUCGAAUUGGGAGAUUCUUUUAUGGAUAAAAGCAACCACGACGAACAUAUAGUCAAUGAUGAAAACGAACUGCCGAAACGUCUACAAAGUCCGGAUCAACAUAUCAGUAUGGCGAACUCUAAAACUUAUCAACUCAAUCUCAAUCAAGCUAGUAACGGCCUAGUAGAACCAUCCACAAUCAUACAGGACAGUGUCAUUAAAUUAAAGAAGUCUACACCAGAUCACUUUACCCCGUAUCAAUCCCUCAAUUUAACGAAAAGAACUCAACCUAAUACUUAA